CUGGCAGCGGGCGGCGGCACGGGCGGGACGGCGCCGGGGCUGCGGAGGUGAGGAAGAGGCAGGAGAAGAGUGAGACACAGGACAAAGCUCCCACCUUCCCUGCAGCCUCCCCUGGCCUCGGGCAGCUCCCUGUGAGCAGAUGUGCAGCAGGUGCCCGAGGUGCUGAUGUGACACCCACCACUGGUGGCCAGGACCAUGGGGAAACUGCAGAGUAAAAUCAGCUUCCACACCACCAAAUACAGGGCCGAGGGCUCCGUGGGACAGACGGGACCUGCUGGUGCCUCCUGGCAGCACAGCCCUGCUCACACUGAUGCUGUCACCUCUGUGGCUGCCCUCAAACCAGACCUGUGUGUGUCAGGAGGAAGGGAUAAGAGCGUGGCUGUGUCCAGCUGGAGCUCUGGGGCUGCCCUGCGCCGCUUCACCGGCCACGAGCGCGAGGUCACCAAGGUCACCUCAGCCCUCGACUCCAGCAGAGUCUUCAGCGCGUCCCGGGACAAGACAGUGAUGAUGUGGGAGCUUCAGGGGGCUGCGGGGCCAAGGCAGCACUUCCCAGGACAUGACCUGGUUGUUACUGGGCUGGCUGUGAGCCCAGACGCCUCCCAGCUGUGCACGGGCUCCAGGGACAACACCGUGUGCAAGUGGGACACUGAGACUGGGGAGUGUCUGGGCAGAGCUGCCAUCUCCAGGAACCUGGUCACACACCUGUGCUGGGUUCCUGGGGAGCCUUAUGUCAUCCAGACCUCCGAGGAUAAAACCACCAGGGUGUGGGACAGCCGGGAGCUGCAGGUGGCCCACACGUUCCCAGCCAAGCAGCACAUCCAGACGUGCUGUGACGUGAGCCAGGACGGGCGGUACUGCCUCAGCAGCAGCAGCGGCUCCGGCGGCCACGGCGCCGAGGCCACCCUCUGGGACCUGAGGCAGACCAGGGGCCGGGUGUGUGAGUACAGAGGGCAUUUCCAGACCACCACCUCGUGUGUGUUCCUGCCCCGGGGCCCCACGCUCGCCCCCAGCAUUGCCACAUCCUCCAGCGACAGCACAGUGAAGCUCUGGGACCAAGGCACUGCAGCCUGCCUGGCCACGCUGUGCCUCGAGGGCUCGGGCCCGCUGGCCUCGCUGGCCGCCUGCGACAGCAGCACCCUGCUCUGCGCCAGCUCCAACUCCGGCAUCCACGUGCUGCGGGUGAGGGGCGGAGCGGAGCUGGCCCUGGAGGAGGUGGCGGCGUUCUGAGCACAGAAACCCCGUCAGACACUGUCCCUGGAGGAGAUGGUGGCGUUCUGAGCACCGGGACCCCGUCAGACACCGUCCCUGGAGGAAUGGCGGCGUUCUGAGCACUGAAACCCCGUCAGACACCGUCCCUGGAGGAAUGGCGGCGUUCUGAGCACCGGAAGCCCCCAGGAUUGUCACAGAUUGUCCCAGGAGGGGAUGUGACCCCCAAGAGCUGCCCUGACGGUGGGCAGCAGGGACUCUGUGCCUGUGGGGCACGGCAGCAGGGCUGGGGAGUUGCUGGUUGGUUUGUGGGUGCCAGGGAGGCAUCAGAGCUGUCCAGGAGAAAAGCCAAACCCUGGCAGCCCUCAGGCCAAGGCCUUGCUCCUGACUGAGCCUCCCUGCAGCCAGAGAGGCACAGGCUGGGCAGAGGGAGGAGAUGAAACACCAGGACCAAGGGACAGAUAACUGGAGCACCAGGCUGAGCACACACAGCUGGACCUGGGCUUGGACCAGAGGAGACUGCAAUGAAAUAAUUCUGUGUUAGUUGCUGGCCUCUCAUUCCAUUGUAUUUUCCCUGGAAGGAACUGCUCACAUUCCCAAGGAACAGACAGCUGCUCUCCAGCUGACAGCAGGGAGGUGAAUCUGUCUUCUCUUUACUCCUGAAGGUUUCCAUCCAAAUCACAGAACCUCCUGAGCUGGGAGGGACCCACCAGGAUCCCCCAGCCCAGCCCCCCCACCCUGGGCACCCCUGGCAGCGCUGCCCAAAGGCUCCUGGAGCUCUGGCAGCCUCGGGGCCGUGCCCAUUCCCUGGGCAGCCUGGGCAGUGCCAGCACCCUCUGGGGGCAGAGCCUUGCCCUGAGCUCCAGCCAUGCCCUGGCUCCUGUCCCAGGGAUCAGAGCUGUCCCUCAGAGGAAGCUGCAGACCCUGAGCCUCCCCUGCUCCAGACUGAACAAACCCAAUACCCUCACCCCUCCUUCUUACACCAUCAGAAAUCAAACUGUGCAUUGUGAAAUUCCUGUAAUUUCUCCAUUCCUUGUGAGACCCAGAGCCCAGGAUAAACAUUCAAAACCCGUUUAGAUCUUCCAGGGCACAUUAUUUGCAAAAAACUCAAUUUAAACAACAAACAAGUAUGAAAGGUCUCCCCAGGGCAGGGCAGAACAAGACAAUCCUACACUGAGUGACCUCACACAGCAAACCCCAAACAGGAGAUGCUGAAAUGGAUUUGCAACACCCAGUCCAUGGGACAACUCAUGGAGGAGGACACAAGGUGGUACCUGGAAGAGAUUCCCUUGGACAUCUACUGUAAGUGAAUCCAGGGGGAUGCAGAUCUCCAUCCAGUGUGGAGGCAGGGGAAGGAGGGCACCCACUCCUCUCCCUCUGGGCUCUUUCUCUAAAUGCAAAUCAAAUCUGAAGUCACACUCCUACCAAAAAGGAAGGUGAGAAGGGCAGUAACAGAAGCUGAACCACACCCCAAACCUGAGAUGCUCUGUGGUUACUGCAAAUGUUUGGAGGACACCUGGGAGAUGAACUUGGAAGGGAGGGUAGAAGCACAUGGAUCAAAAAUACAGCAGAAAGUGGUACCUGCAGUAUAAAACCAGUCCAAAAUGUGGGAAAACUCCCAAGACUUGACAACAACCAAGCCUGGGCCAACAGUGGUGCUUCAAACACACCCAAACUCCAGAGCAGCCAUGACUACAGCUGCUGUAACACACUGGAUUCCUGUUUUUUUUUUUUU